GGUAUUUCCAACAGUCAAUGGCGGGCUCCUUUCGAGUGCACAGCGUAUGACAUGUAUUAACAACAAGUUAUAGACCAGUUACGGCAAGCUCUAGGAAGUGGAUUAGUCGGGACCCUAUGCCAUUCUACGCCGAUACACAUACCCACUCAAACAGUGUAUAUUUAUAGUCGCCAGAGUGAAAUUGGAUUUCAAUAUAUUGUAAGUACACCGGCACGUGAGAGACAGCGUGGUGUAUUUUGAACCGGUGUGGAGGUGUACGUUAUGAGGCAGUAGUUUAAAGUUUAAUUAUUUAUUACAGUCAAUUAAUCGAUACUAUUUCGUUUAGAUACAGAUACAUACGUGCUUCCAUAUUAGUUUAUGUAAUCAUACAUCACAAUGCAUUUAAAAACUGUUUUGUCCGGAGUGCUGCUGUCCGUGUUGGUGAUAGCCGUAUCGGCUAGUGUAACGGAAAAGCUGCUGCGAGUGCCGCUGUUCGAAGUUGGAGAACUCUGGUACCGGUCAGUUAGUACCUUAACGGGACGAAUUAUAUCCUUAUUAACCACUUGGCCGGAUUUUUACGCAGUGACCACCUAUGUGAUUGUAGCACUGCUAAGUAUUGGCCUUUACUACCUCUAUAUAUUAAUGUUUGUUCCGUUAAACCGGAUUCGGAUUCUUGGAGAUCUUGGAUACCGUGUGGAGGGUAAAUUCACGAUGAAGGAUAUAGCUAAUUCUGUACGGAAAAGGAGAAAUGUUGGAAAUGUACCAGCGGUUUACCCUAAUGGGUGGUUCGGUAUUAUGGAAUCCCAUACACUUCAGAAAGGCAACUCGGCAUACGUAUCAAUUUUGGGUCUAAAUUUAGCAGUAUUUCGUGGAGAAGAUGGUGAGAGUCACGUGCUUGAUGCCUACUGUCCCCAUAUGGGAGCCAACCUGGGAAUUGGCAGUAGGGUGGUCGGAAACUGUAUUGAAUGUCCCUUCCAUGGCUGGCAGUUCCGCGGGAAAGACGGAAAGGCAACUAAAAUCCCAUACGCUGACAAAGUGCCAGAUUUCAUCAAAGUGAAGUCGUAUGUAUCCAAGGAAAUAAACGGCUGGAUCUACCUGUGGCACCACGCGGAAAAGGAGCACAAGGAUGUACCGGAGUGGGAGAUCCCGUGUCUGGAGGAGGUCAACAGUGGCAAGUGGACCUACCGGGGACGAUCAGAGCACCAUGUCAACGCCCACAUAGAGGAAAUUCCUGAGAAUGGUGCGGACGUGUCACACUUGGCUCAGGUUCAUGGUCCCAUGCUAACUGCAGGUGUAGAUCUGAAGGAAAUGUGGAACACAUUCUGGUCAUUUGGACAUCACAAAUGGACCGCCGCGUGGGAGCAGAACCCAGCUCCGGAGAAACACAUCGGCACCCUUCACCUAACGCAUAGCCUCAACCUGUUCGGCAAACACCUGCCACUGAUUGAUAUGGAUGUCAAAGCACGACAGAUUGGUCCAGCGAUUGUGUAUUUAGAGUUUUCCUCGCCAAUUGGAAAUGGUGUAUUUAUACAGUCGCUCACUCCUAUCGAACCUAUGGUGCAGAAGUUGGUUCACAAUAUCUACAUGGACAGAAAAAUACCAACAGUAAUUGCCAAAUUUUUUAUGCUUGGAGAAGCACUCCAGGUGGAACGGGAUGUUAUGAUAUGGAACAAUAAGACAUAUGCAGGCAAGCCAGCGUUCGUUAAAUCGAAAGAGGAUGCUUUAAUUGCCAAACACAGGCGGUGGUAUUCACAAUUUUAUUCAGAAAACAGUCCAAAACUAACAUUUCAGAAAGAAUCACUGGAGUGGUGAGUUGAAGGCCGACAGGAAUAUAAAAAAGAUGAGUUGCUCAAAGACAUUUUCCGAUAAAGUCCAAAUUAGUAUAACAUAACUUGGCCGUUGUGCUCAUGUGAAUUGAAAAUGUGAAACACACUGUUAGUAGAUAUUUAAAGAGAAUGCGACGAUAACAACAUCUGAUUAUAUUUAUGCGACUCCUCAAGUCACCUGUUUAGUAUGUAUACUGAUAAUGUCGUUGAUUUUUAUCAACGUGAAACAAAUGCCAUAAUAAGCCAUAUAAAGUUUUGGUCUGUUUUUAAACUUCAACGACUUGCAAUAUACAAAGGAGACGUGACACUCGAUAUAACGAAAGAGAGGAGACAAUGUUAGGACAAGAGUAGGACAAUAUAUAAAGAGACAUGACAUUGUUAGGACAAGAGUAGGACAAUAUAUAAAGAGACGAUACUUUUUAGGACAAGAGUAGGAUAACAUAUAGAGAGACGAGACAUUGUUAGGACAAGAGAAUGUCAAUAUAUUAAGAAAGGAGACACAGUAAGAACAAGAGUAGGACAAUAUAUAAAUAGACUAGACAUUGUUAGGACAAGAGUAGGACAAUAUAUAAAUACAGGACAUUGUUAGGACAAGAGUAGGACAAUAUAUAGAUACAGGACAUUGUUAGGACAAGAGUAGGAGAAUAUAUAAAAAGACGAGAUAUUGUUAGGACAAGAGUAGGACAAUAUAUAAAGAGACGAGAUAUUGCUACGACAAGAGUAGGACAAUAUUUAAAGAGAGGAGGCAUUGCUAGGACAAGAGUAGGACAAUAUGUAAAGAGAUGGGACAUUGUAAGGACAGGAUUAGGACAAUAUUUAAAGAGAGGAUACAUUGUUAGGACAAGAGAUAAAAUCUACACCAAAAAGGAGACGAUAUUCCCACCACUGCUAGAUGCAAGCGAACUGUGAUGUGUAAAAUGUAUGGGAGAAAUUAUAUUGCAUAAUUGAAAUAAAAGGAAGGAUGAUGCUCAAAUGUGAUAAGCAAAUUAAUGACAAUGAAUAAAAAAUGUAUAUAAACAUUUAAUAUUUUAAUCCACAAUGUAGUGAUUGUAAUUAUAUAUUGUAGAUAUACAUUGAACAAGUUCAUGCAUAUGUCUUUGUAAUCAUUAUGACUUAGGUAGAAUAUCGUUAACGAUUUAAUUAUUUUAAUUGGUUAUAAAUAAUUUUAAGUAAUAUCGUAUAAACACGAACCUUACCUCUGUGAAAAAUGGCGUGAUGUACUAUGUUGUUGGUGUGUGCCAGAUAUAUAUCAUCGUGGUAUAUUUACAUUCCCACGGGGCUGCGUCUGAAUAAAUUUCAAAUUGAGGCAAAUACAACAAUUAUAAGUGAAUGGUUUUUCAUAUUAGAAACGUUUAAAUGGUGUAAUAGAGUUGUAAUGUUAAAUCAGAACUUCCAAAGAAAAUUCUGAAAAACAGAUUUUUGGUUAUCCUGGCGGAGGAAAACAGUAACUAUGGAAAAACAUUCUUGCUUCUUCAAAAUGGCUAUGCUACCAUACAAGCAAUUAGCAUAUUGAAAUUGUAUCGUGGACCAAAAAACUGUUACUGUUGUGGUAUUGACGAAGACGAAGAAAAUGGCUGAUGUUCCAGUCCCUCCUGUGGUGAAAUACCGGGGGUAUUCAGUUGAAUAUUGAAAUUAUCAAAGUAAAAUAGAAUUAUUGUGAUUAACAAAAAAAUGUUGCCUUCUUAUGUGGGUACAAUGGUGUGAUACUGUUGUCUCGAGAUGAAAUAGGCCUAUUACCCUCGCCUCUGACACGGGUACUAUGUCAUCCCUCGACAACGCUAUAAGACCAGUACCCUCAAAAGAAAAAAUGAUGUAUAAAUGUUCAUUAUCUACCACAUUAAACCCAUAUACGGUUUAUUUAAUUAUAUGUUCGUUAAUUAUAAGAAAUGUACGUAAAUCAUCAUAUGUAGACGAAUACCAUUGUUGUGAACACAACAACUACCAGAACAUUCACUGUAUGUACAUGUAUUAUGUAGAAACCUUGUGGGACCAGCAUCGUAGUGCUUUUUUGAAAUGUAAAACAAGUAGCAGUAUCGUGUAUGGCUUUGUGAAAACGUGUCGAAUCUUUUUUUAAUCUAAAUAUGAAAAUUGCAAAAAUAAAGAAAAAUAUCAAUAGUGAUUUAAAUAACAGAAAGAAACAAAAUAAAUGUUGAUUUCAAAAUUCUGAUUCACUUUGAACUAAGAUAUACAUCGUGAUGGCUGUAUUGAACCUCGUGCCGAGGUCCUUCUAGAGUCUAAUUUUAGCUACUUGUUUGCCAAAAACUGCCUACGAAAAUAUAGGAAAUCCCUUUAUGCUGGUUCAGUGACAUGCAGUCUCGUGCGGUAUUCUAUCGUUACCAUUUUACGUAUUUAAAGCAAAAAUCAUUGCUGUCCCUCUGUCUUCCAUCAAUAUACUAACAAACUAAUCAGGAUAAUGUUUGAUGCAGUGUAACAACCUCGCAUUUACCUCAUACCAUUAUCAAACUACCUUGUACAACUUAACGACUUCAUCCAGGUUGAUAAAUUACCAACAGAAAAUAAUUGUGAAUUCAUAACCAGUUUCAACGCUUCUGAAGGAAAUCAGUAAUUAUUUUAGUAAAUAAGUAAAUUCAUAAGUUCAUCAGUAAAUUCUUAAUUAAAUAAGUACAUUCUGAAGUAAAUAAGAAAAUUCUUAUCAGUAGGUGUGAUCUACGUCACGAAAUAUGUACAUAUGCAUGUACAUGCACGUGUGUAUGGAUGUCGCACUGAAACACUGUUGGUACUGUUAUAAAUCGACAAAAGGUAUAGUGAUAAAACAGAGGAAAAUUAGCCGUAUAACCGUUAGGAUAGGUUCAUAUUGAAGUUUAACAAACACAGAAGUGUACAUUUUGUAUCCAAUUUAUUGUGCUCUCAUUAUAGGAUAUGAAAUUAAUGACUUUUAAAUAUAUAUUUACUUAUGAAAAGUAUACAUUCCUAAUGAUUAGUGUAAUUCACAAUUAUGAUUUUGGUUUAUUUAUGUAUGCACUUUGCAUCAUAUAUCAUUUUCAUUCUUUCACCAUCUGAACUGUAUUCCCUUGCUUUUCACUUAUAUAACAAACCCCCAGUCUUUCAGUUGAUGUUUAAAUUCUAUUUUUAUACGAUUUCAGUCUUAAUCGUCCAUAUACAGUAUUAUCUAAACCACCAUUUCUGUUACCUAUGCUCCAAUAUUCUAUAUAACUUUACGUAGUUCAUCACUAGGACGCCACUUGGUAGCAAAUUUCUGAAGUAUUUUGUUCACAUAUGCUUGUGCCUAUAGGAUACCAGAACGCCAAAUGUUUCACCUAAAUGAUUGUGUUUUUUCAACGUGUUUUAAUCAAUGUAAUAUAUAUCCUAUAUAAUACACCUUGUAUAAAACGAAAAAGCUAUUACGGAAAUAUAUCUUAAAAGUAACAAUCAUAGUUGGAAAUUUGAAAACAAAUAUUAGAAUAAUAUCUUUAGAAGAUUUCAUAGCGGGAAAAUAAAUAGUAUGGUCCCUCAUACAGCGACAGUACCUGCCAAUUCAGAGACAAUUGACAAUCUGCUGCUUCCUUUUUGGUAUUUUUAAAUCAAUGAAUAAACGCAUCCAAAGAUAUCAAUGCUUACCUUUCAGACAGAUUUUAGACCGUCCUUUUAAAUGUAUAACAAUAUAUAUUAUAUACAUAUACCUAUCAUUCCCCGUGAAUGUAAUAUGCUGUGUUUAUUCAAUCUCCUUUUUGGAUCUCAGUGCUAUUAAAACCAGAUCCAAAUUAAAUUUCCCUUGCAUUUAUGUCGAAAGUGUAACCGAAUACAAUAUACAAUGUAAUGUAUUUGCAGCGCAAUAGAGAAUAUGAGCAGAUUAAUUAAUAUAUUGUAUUACAAACUAGUGUAAUUGUAUCAAUAGUCAAUCGAGUGUUUGUAUUUAUUGUUAUGAAAAGUGUAUGUGCAAAACAAUAUGCUUUGUAAAUAAACAAAGGAUGACUUGUUAUAACUUGUUUAAAGGAAUAUAUAUUUUUCUCGAAAUAUAAUGUCGUUUUUAGGGCAUUAUGGUAUAUCUAAAUAAACAUAAGUGAUUUAUAAAGUUGAAAGUUAAAUAGAUAUGUUGUGUUUAAAUAAAUCAAUGUAGUUUUCGUAUAUGCCCACUUUUAAUGAUUUUUAUUUAAUUGUAAACUAUGAGCGAUAUCCUGAUCGUAACCAAUGUACAUGGGUUGCAAACUAAUAAAUGUAUUUUUUUGUAUGUGCUUUAGAGAAUAUGUAAUUAACACAGAGUGCGUUCUGACUUACUGUAUACAAUACAAUAUGUGUGUCUUUUGUACAUCCUUUGCGAUUGCAUGUGGUAAACACUGCUGGUGGACAUUCCAGUUCCCGAGGUUUACCAUUACCUAAUUGUCAUGUUUUCAUUCAUUUGAAUAAAGACAGAAUAAAGAAUAUACACAUCCAUGUAUGCUUAACGCUAUUUUGAAAUCUGAAAAUUACGAAAUAAUUGAAUUAUGGGUCACUUGCACAUCCGCAUACAGAUUUUAACAUUUCUGCAGACCUUACUUGAGCUUUUGGUGUCCUUCCAAGACAUCAAGACAUCAGAUAUUUAGCAUCACCUAGAUGAACGAAACAGUUGUAUGAUGCAGUAUAAUUCAUUAUUUAUUUAUUUUCUCUAUUUAAUUAUUCAUUUAUUUUCUCUUUAUUUAUUUAAUUAUUUAUUCUCUCUAUUUAUUUAUUUAUUUUCUCUAUUCUAGCUAACUCUAUUUCUAUUGAAAGGUGCUAAAAUCUUGUAUUUCUUGUGUACACUCCUUGUUCAACAUGUAGAACAAUAUGGUUGAUAACAUCACCAUCCUGUCAACUGUUCGGUCAUAAUGUAACUGUGUACAUUUAAGCGGUAAUAUUAUUUUUGCGGUUUUAAUGCUGCACGCAUUCCGCUUAAUUGUAAUUGCGCCAAUGACACUAUAUAUAUAACUGUUAUUUCACAGCAAAUGAUGUGUGUACGCCAAUUCAUCAUUGUGCUAACCUAUGAAUAGGAUGAAUUGUGUAUGUACAGUAUGUAUACAAGAUAUGUUGAUAGUUGUAUACGUAUGUAAAUAAACUGUGAUACAUCGUUGAGAAGGUUGCAUACUAAUGAUCCGCACUUAAGUUUUCGAAGGAGUGUACUUCAGACAUACCUAUCUAGCAUGAAUAUAGCAUCCUUAAGUAUUUAUUGAUAUGUGUUUGAAUUAUGGCUAUAUUGAGUAAGAAAUAAAACGUUUUAGCUUUUCACAGGCUAUCUGAUGUAAAUCACCAAAGCAGUAAUUAAUACUUAUUAGCUGUCCAGUCGGUCGAAUAGCCGGUAAUCUAAAAGUUACUUUUACGGAAUAUUGUGUAUUGGGCGAAAAAAAAAAUCACGGAAUUGGUAAAAUCAGUGCAUUGUUGUCAAUAUUUGAGGUCAUUUUUAAUACCCCAUGCUAACCUCUGUCUGCCUUUAAAUCAGCGAUCUCACUGGACAAAGCCGAGUUACUCUCGAAAUAUAUAAUUAGUUUUCACUUGUGUUAAUGUGUAACGAUAUGUUGGGAGUUCAUCUAUAUAUGAACAAAACGUUUAACAUUUUGAUAAAGAAUAUUUUCACGUAAAUACAAGUUGUUGUUUUUUUGCACGACAAUGCAAUGAUACAGGUAGUACAUGCGUUACUCUUGGUGUGCUUGUGUAAAUAACGUGUUCAUAAAUCUCUUUUAGUCCCGUACGUUUUAAUAGCUACUAGAAUGCCCUCGACUGUUUUGUUAUUUCAUUUAUAUGUAGAGCAGAUGUGACUUUGUAGAUGUAGCAAGAUAUAGCUUAUCUUUAACAUUUCAUUUUGCAUGUAUUAUCAAGCUUUGUUUCCUACGUUUGUCUGUUGUUUUCGUUUGUUUGCAGACAUCUGUUUUUCCAAUAAACGGAUAUAGUAACGAA